UAAUACAUACGCAUUCAAAGCAUGCUGUCAUGGCAACACUUUUGUAUCCUGGGACAGAAUUUAGAAUAACUCAUCAAGAAAUGAUCAAAGGAAUACAGAAGCAUAACUCAGGCGGUAACUACAAAUAUGAUGAUGAAUUGAUCGUGCCUAUUGUUGAAAAUACACCAGAAGAAAAAGAUCUAAAGAAAAGAAUGGCCUUGGCAAUGGAAGAUUAUCCAGAAUCCUGUGCUGUACUUGUUCGUCGUCAUGGAGUUUAUGUUUGGGGACCAACAUGGGAGAAAGCCAAGACUAUGUGCGAGUGUUAUGAUUAUUUAUUUGAAAUUGCCAUCGAGAUGAAGCAAAACGGCCUUGACCCUGAAGAAGUACCGAAACCUCCAAAAGGAGCUUACAUCCAGUGAUAUAAUACACUUUGACAACCAUGAAAGCCCAUAAUAAUGCAAUAUUCACAAAGACAUAACCAAUCAACAUAAACAAUGUCUACCGUUAUUAAAUGUUGAGUUUAUGCACAAAGUUAUUGAUCGAAAAUAUUAAUCCAAUGUCCUUGUUGAUGAUUGUUUUGAAAGUCACAUGAUAAUUUGUGUACCGUAGUCCGACUUGGUAUUAAAUAAACAUUAUUUGAA